GGCCGCUCGACCCCCUGGGAGACCUUGGGGAACCUGAACACCUGGGACACCCCAGAACCAGGUUCCCCCAGGCACCAUGUCUGUUCCAUAGUACCACCCACCCCACCCAUCGUGGUCUGCUGCACCCCACUGCUGGGGCACUGGUUCCAAUGAAACAGGGCACACCAAAUUCCAUCUGGCUGUUACUGAGGCGGAGACAGGGGUGAUGAUUGGCUUUCUGGGGAGAGAGGACGUCCUGUGAUUGGCCGGGUCUCUGGAGUUCGCUGACGCUGUGAGAAGACGCUCCCACGGAGGCCGGAAUUGGCCGUGAAAGGCCCUGGCUGGCCAUCUGGGGGCAGUGGGCACUCCUAUCAGAACAAUUGGAGCAGGACCAUCGUCCCAGAGAACUGGGGCAGGGGGCCUUGCCCGAUCUCCAGGGCUCCUGGGGCCACUGCUGACCUGGCUGGAUGCAUCGGGCAGUGGACCCUCCAGGGGCCCGCGCUGCACGGGAAGCCUUUGCCCUUGGGGGCUUGAGCUGUGCUGGGGCCUGGAGCUCCUGCCCACCCCAUCCCCCUCCUCGUAGCGCAUGGCUGCCUGGAGGCAGGUGCUCUGCCAGCAUUGGGCAGCCCCCGCUCUCUGCCCCCCUACCCCCUUCACAUGGCAGUAGCUCUGGACACCCCAACAAACCAUAUUAUGCUCCAGGGACACCCAACCCAAGACCUCUCCAUGGGAAGCUGGAAUCCCUGCAUGGCUGUGUGCAGGCAUUGCUCCGGGAGCCGGCCCAGCCAGGGCUGUGGGAGCAACUUGGGCAGCUGUAUGAGUCAGAGCAUGACAGUGAGGAGGCCAUUCGUUGCUACCACAGUGCCCUUCGAUAUGGAGGAGGCUUGGCUGAACUAGGGCCCCGCAUUGGCCGACUACAGCAGACCCAGCUCUGGAACUUUCAUGCCGGCUCUUGCCAGCACCGAGCCAAGGUCUUGCCCCCUCUGGAACAAGUAUGGAACCUGCUGCACCUUGAGCACAAGCGGAAUUAUGGGGCCAAACGGGGUGGUCCCCCAGUGAAGCGAGCUGCCGAACCCCCAGUGGUACAGCCUGUACCUCCUGCAGCACUCUCAGGUCCCUCAGGGGAGGAGGGCCUCAGUCCUGGAGGCAAGCGCAGAAGAGGCUGCAGCUCUGAGCAGACUGGACUUCCCCCAGUGCUGCCACUGCCUCCACCACCAUUGCCGCCGCCGCCGCCGCCGCCACCGCCACCACCGCCACCACCCCUUCCUGGGCUAGCCACAAGUCCUCCAUUUCAGCUGACCAAGCCAGGGCUGUGGAAUACCCUGCAUGGAGAUGCCUGGGGCCCUGAGCGCAAGGGUUCAGUGCCCCCAGAGCGCCAGGAUCAACGGCACUCGCUUCCUCCUCACCCGUAUCCAUACCCAGCUCCGGCCUACACCGCGCACCCACCUGGCCACCGGCUGGUCCCAGCUGCACCCCUAGGCCCAGGCCCCCGCCCCCCAGGAGCAGAGAGCCAUGGCUGCCCGCCUGCCACCCGUCCCCCCGGAAGUGACCUUAGAGAGAGCAGAGUUCAGAGGUCGCGGAUGGACUCCAGCGUUUCACCAGCAGCAACCACCGCCUGCGUGCCUUACGCCCCUUCCCGGCCCCCUGGCCUCCCCGGCACCACCACCAGCAGCAGUAGCAGCAGCAGCAACACUGGUCUCCGGGGCAUGGAGCCAAACCCAGGCAUUCCCGGCGCUGACCAUUACCAAACUCCCAUGCUGGAGGUCUCCUCUCAUCAAGGCCGCCUGGGGCCCUCGGCACACAGCAGUCGGAAACCGUUCCUGGCAGCUCCUGCUGCCACUUCCCACCUGUCCCUGCCACCUGGCCCCCCCUCACCUCCUCCACCCCCUUGUCCCCGCCUCUUACGCCCCCCACACCCCCCUGCCUGGCUGAAGGGCCCGGUCUGCCGGGCAACACGAGAGGAUGGAGAGAUCUUAGAGGAGCUCUUCUAUGGGGCUGAGGGACGCCCCCGCCCUCCCCCACCACACCUUCCCCACCGUGAGGGCUUCUUGGGGCCUUCGGCCCCCCGCUUUUCUGUGGGCACUCAGGAUUCUCACACCGCUCCCACUCCCCCAACCACCAGCAGCAGCAGCAACAAUGGCAGCCACAGCAGUAGCCCGACUGGGGCUGUGUCCUUCCCCGCACCUCCCUAUCUGGCCAGAAGUAUAGACCCCCUUCCCCGGCCCUCCAGCCCAACACUGAGCCCCCAGGACCCACCUCUUGCACCCCUGACUCUUGCCCUGCCUCCAGCCCCUCCUUCCUCCUGUCACCAAAAUACCUCAGGAAGCUUCAGGCGCCCGGAGAGCCCUCGGCCUAGGGUCUCCUUCCCAAAGACCCCCGAGGUGGGGCCAGGGCCAUCCCCAGGCCCCCUGAAUAAAGCCCCCCAGCCUGUGCCGCCCAGGGGUGGGGAGCUGCCUGCCCGAGGCCCACGACUCUUUGAUUUCCCCCCUACCCCGCUGGAGGACCAGUUUGAGGAGCCAGCUGAAUUCAAGAUCUUACCUGAUGGGCUGGCCAACAUCAUGAAGAUGCUGGAUGAAUCCAUUCGUAAGGAGGAGGAACAGCAACAACAGGAGGCAGGCGUGGUACCCCCACCCCCCCUCAAGGAGCCCUUUACGUCUCUGCAGCCUCCAUUCCCCACUGACACCGCUCCCAGCACCACUGCUGCCACCACCACCUCUACCACCACCACCACCACCACCACCACCACCACCCAGGAAGAGGAGAAGAAGCCACCACCAGCCCUGCCGCCACCACCGCCUCUAGCCAAGUUCCCUCCACCUCUCCAGCCACAGCCACCACCUCCCCCGUUACCCCCACCAGCCAACCCCACCAGCCUGCUCAAGUCGUUGGCAUCUGUGCUGGAGGGACAAAAGUACUGUUACCGGGGGACUGGAGCAGCUGCUUCCACCCGGCCUGGGCCCUUGCCCACCACUCAGUAUUCCCCUGGUCCCCCAUCAGGUGCUACCGUCCUGCCGCCCACCUCAGCGGCUCCUAGCGCCCAGGGCUCCCCACAGCCCUCCGCUUCCUCUUCAUCUCAGUUCUCUACCUCAGGCGGGCCCUGGGCCCGGGAACGCAGGGCAGGCGAAGAACCAGCCCCCGAUCCUAUGCCCCCCACCCCGCCGCCCCCACCCCUGCCUCUGCCCCCUGCUCGAUCUGAGUCUGAGGUGCUAGAAGAGAUCAGUCGGGCUUGUGAGACCCUUGUAGAGCGGGUGGGCCGGAGUGCCACAGACACGGUGGACACUGUAGACACAGUGGACACUGCAGACUCGGUGGACAGUGGGACGGAACGAUUGCUGCCUCCUGCCCAGGUUAAGGAGGAAACUGGUGGGGUAGUGGCAGCGGCAGGACCAGGCAGCAGUAAGCGGCGACAGAAGGAGCACCAGAAGGAGCAUCAGAAGGAGCACCGGCGGCACAGGCGGACCUGUAAAGACAGUGUUGGUCGUAGGCCUCGUGAGGGCAGGGCCAAGGCUAAGGCCAAGGCCCCCAAAGAAAAAAGCCGCCGGGUGCUGGGAAACCUGGACUUGCAGAGCGAGGAAAUCCAGGGUCGUGAGAAGGCCCGUCCUGAUCUUGGAGGGGCCUCCAAGGCAAAGCCACCAACAGCUCCAGCCCCUCCACCCACUCCUGCACCUUCUGCCCAACCCACACCCCCAUUAGCCCCUGUCCCUGGGAAGAAGGCUCGGGAAGAAGCUCCAGGGCCACCGGGAGUCAGUCGGGCUGAUAUGCUGAAGCUUCGCUCACUUAGUGAAGGGCCCCCCAAGGAGCUAAAGAUAAGGCUCAUCAAGGUAGAGAGUGGUGACAAGGAGACCUUUAUCGCCUCUGAGGUGGAAGAGCGAAGACUGCGAAUGGCCGACCUCACCAUCAGCCACUGUGCUGCUGACGUUGUCCGUGCCAGCAAGAACGCCAAGGUGAAAGGGAAGUUUCGAGAGUCAUACCUUUCCCCUGCUCAGUCUGUGAAACCGAAGAUCAAUACUGAGGAGAAGCUGCCCCGAGAAAAGCUCAACCCACCCACACCUAGCAUCUAUCUGGAAAGUAAACGGGAUGCUUUCUCGCCGGUGCUGCUGCAGUUCUGUACAGACCCUCGAAAUCCAAUCACCGUGAUCCGGGGCCUGGCAGGCUCCCUGCGGCUUAACUUGGGCCUCUUCUCCACCAAGACACUGGUGGAGGCAAGUGGCGAACACACUGUGGAGGUACGCACCCAGGUGCAACAGCCCUCAGAUGAGAACUGGGAUCUCACUGGCACCCGACAGAUCUGGCCCUGUGAAAGCUCCCGUUCCCAUACCACCAUCGCCAAGUAUGCACAGUACCAGGCUUCAUCCUUCCAGGAGUCCCUGCAGGAGGAGAAAGAGAGUGAGGAUGAGGAGUUGGAGGAGCCUGACAGCACCACAGGAACCCCUCCUAGCAGUGCACCAGACCCGAAGAACCAUCACAUCAUUAAAUUUGGCACUAACAUCGAUCUGUCUGAUGCGAAGCGGUGGAAGCCCCAGCUGCAGGAGCUGCUGAAGCUCCCUGCCUUCAUGCGGGUAACAUCCACAGGCAACAUGCUGAGCCAUGUAGGCCACACCAUCCUGGGCAUGAACACAGUGCAGCUGUAUAUGAAGGUCCCUGGCAGCCGAACACCAGGCCAUCAAGAGAACAACAAUUUCUGCUCUGUGAACAUCAACAUUGGCCCAGGUGACUGUGAGUGGUUUGCAGUUCAUGAACACUACUGGGAGACCAUCAGCGCCUUCUGUGACAGGCACGGCGUGGACUACCUGACAGGUUCCUGGUGGCCAAUACUGGAUGACCUCUAUGCUUCCAAUAUCCCUGUGUAUCGCUUCGUGCAGCGCCCUGGAGACCUUGUGUGGAUUAACGCCGGGACUGUGCACUGGGUGCAGGCCACGGGCUGGUGCAACAACAUUGCCUGGAACGUGGGGCCCCUCACCGCCUAUCAGUACCAGCUGGCCCUGGAACGAUAUGAGUGGAACGAGGUGAAAAACGUCAAAUCCAUUGUGCCCAUGAUUCAUGUGUCCUGGAAUGUGGCUCGAACCGUGAAGAUCAGCGACCCAGAUUUGUUCAAGAUGAUCAAGUUCUGCCUCUUACAAUCCAUGAAGCAUUGCCAGGUACAGCGGGAGAGCCUGGUUCGUGCUGGGAAGAAAAUUGCCUACCAGGGUCGGGUCAAAGAUGAGCCUGCCUACUACUGCAAUGAGUGCGACGUGGAAGUGUUCAACAUCUUGUUCGUGACGAGUGAGAAUGGCAGUCGCAACACUUACCUGGUGCACUGCGAGGCCUGCGCCCGGCGCCGAAGCGCGGGCCUCCAGGGCGUGGUGGUGCUGGAGCAGUACCGCACCGAGGAGCUGGCGCAGGCCUAUGACGCCUUCACGCUGGUGAGAGCUGUUGGGAGGAUAAGGGCACCCCCGGACCGGGGUGGGGGUGGGGCAGGAGCCCGAGAGCCAAGCUGUGGGGCGGUUCCACCGGUGCCUGCCUCGGAGUCCGCUCUGCCCAUUUUAUUUUCUCUCCUUCAGGCCCCCGCCAGCGCGUCUCGAUGAGGCCGGAUGCCCCGCCCGCCUGCCCGCCUGCAGGGCGCCGCGGGGCCACCAGCACACAGCCUGGGCUGGACCUAGGUCCCGCCUUUGGCCGGGAAGGGGUUCGGGCCCAGCCCUACCACCCCAUUGGCAGCUCCCCUCACUUAAUUUAUUAAGAAAAAAAAAUUUUUUUUUAAACAAAUACGAGGAAAAAAGGAAAAAAAAUGGGAGACGGGGGAGGGGGCUGGCAGCCCCUCGCCCACCAGCGCCUCCCCUCACCGACUUUGGCCUUUCUAGCAACAGACACAAGGACCAGGCUCCGGCGGCGGCGGGGGUCACAUACGGGUUCCCUCACGCCUGCCAGCCGCCAGGCCGCCCGGCGCAGACGCAGGCGGCUCGUGUUGUACAUAGACGUUACGGCAGCCGAGGUUUUUAAUGAGAUUCUUUCUAUGGGCUUUACCCCUCCCCCAGAACCUCCUUUUUUUACUUCCAGAUGCUAGCUGUGACCCCUGUACAUGUCUCUGUUAUCCACUUGGUUAUGAUUUGUAUUUUCUGGGUUUUUUGUUUUUUUUUUUUUUUUUUGGUUUUUAAUUUAUAACAGUCCCACUCACCUCUAUUUAUUCAUUUUUGGGAAAACCCGACCUCCCGCACCCCCAAGUCAUUCUGCCCGCCCCCUCCAGGGACUGCCCACCCCAGGGCUCUCCCUGCGCCCCAGUGUGUACGGCCCGGCCCGUCCGUCUCAGCCCGUCAGCCCGCCUGCGGCUACAGCCGGGUUCUCAUGGUGCUCAAACCCGCUCCCCUCCCCGACGUCCUGCACUUUCUCGGACCAGUCCCCCACUCCCGACCCGACCCCAACCCCACCUGAGGGUGAGCGACUCCUGUACUGUAGGGGAAGAAGUGGGAACUGAAAUGGUAUUUUGUAAAAAAAUAAAUAAAUAAAAUUUUAAAAAUUUAAAAGUUUUAAAGAAAGAACUAUGAGGAAAAAAAGAACCCCGUCCUUCCCAGUCCCGGCCAAUUUAAAAAACACGGACCUUCCCCUCGUCCCUCUUUUCUUUUUAAGCGUGAAACAGUCCAGGGCCAGGCUUCACUGGGGCAGGGACACCCCGGGAUGAGUUUCUCUGGGGCUUUAUUUUGGUUUUGUCGGUUUUUUCUCCAUGCUGGGGCUGCGGAAGGGUGGGGGGGUUUACAGUCCCGCCCCCUCGCACUGCACUGUCUCUCUGCCCCAGGGGCAGAGGGGUCUUCCCAAUCCUACCCCUAUUUUCGGUGAUUUUUGUGUGAGAAUAUUAAUAUUAAAAAUAAAAUCAGAAAAAAAA